GGCCCAGGACCAUCGGAGAGCAGUAGAGGAGGGUCAGGGCGGUGAGUAUAUAAAUCGGGCGCGGGGCUUGUUUUCACAGAGGCCCAGGACCGUCGGAGAGCAGUAGAGGAGGGUCAGGGCGGUGAGUAUAUAAAUCGGGCGCGGGGCUUGUUUUCACAGAGGCCCAGGACCGUCGGAGAGCAGUCGAGGAGGGUCAGGGCUUACCAAAAUCCGUAACGUUCCACACUCCAUAGUGAGGGUUCUGGUGGAAGCCGUUGAUUGGUGGAAGCAGACUAGAGGAAGCAGCUGAUUGGGUGCAACAUCAGGUUAGCAUUUGUGCUUUCUGGUUAAAGGGGCAGUGCUUUAGUUAAGGUACAGUGGGUUAAAGGUACAGUGCUUUUUGUUUAUAUAAUAAAGGUGCAGUUUAAAGGUCACGAGGGAGCAGCUGUUGCGAGUCAGAUACCUGCUGAUUUCUCCCAGCAGUUUCUAUUGUUUUAUACUGGUAUCAGAUCCAGGGUAAGGCGGGAGAAUGACAGUCAGAGCAGUAUACUGUUCUGGAUGUCAGAUGUGGGAGGUCAUGGUGUCGGAUGGCCCUCCAGACAUCCACAUCUGCACCAGGUGCAGCGAGAUGGGGCUCCUAAGGGACCGUAUUAGGAUCCUGGAGCAGCAGCUCGAUGACCUCGCUCUGAUCAGGGAGAGUGAGGAGGUCAUAGAGGGGAGUUAUAGAGAGGUGGUCACUCCAAAACCACGGGUGAGAGACAUGUAGGUCACGUUAAGGAAGGGCAAGGGGCAGAGGCAGGAACGAGUGAGUACUCCAAUGUCGGUACACCUCGCAAAUAAGUACUCCUGUUUGAAUACGGAUGGGGGUGACAGCCUACCCGGGGGUAGUGACAGCGGACGGGCCUCCAGCUCAGAGACCGGCCCUGUUGCUCCAAAAGCUAGGGAAAAAAAGAGGGCAAUAGUAAUUGGGGACUCUAUUGUUAGGGGGUCGGAUAGGCGAUUUUGUGGACGCAGUCGGGAGACCAGGAUGGUGGUCUGCCUCCCUGGUGCCAAGGUCUCGGACGUGUCUCAACGCAUCCAAGAUAUCCUUAAAUCAGAGGGAGAGGAGCCUGAGGUCGUGGUACAUAUAGGUACCAAUGACAUAGGUAAAAAAAGGGAAGAGGUCCUGAAGGGAGGAUUUAGGGAGUUGGGAGGAGAGUUAAGAAAAAGGACCAAAAAGGUAACAAUCUCAGGAUUACUGCCUGUGCCACGCGACAGUGAGAGUAGGAAUGGAACGAGGUGGAGGAUAAAUGCGUGGCUGAAAGACUGGUGCAGAGGGCAGGGAUUCAAGUUCCUGGAUCAUUGGGACUUCUUUUGGGGAAGGUGGGACCUGUACAGAAAGGAUGGGUUGCACUUGAACCCGAGGGGGACCAAUAUCCUAGCGGGGAAAUUUGCAAAGGCAGCUGGGGAGACUUUAAACUAGAAUGGUUGGGGCAAGGGACUCAAAUAGCGAAAGGUAGUAGACAGAAUGGGAGGCAGGAAGCAGAAAUGGGAAGCACUCGGACACAAGAGGAGAAAGAAAAAAAAGGAAAUAAACAGAGAAUAAGAGACGGGGGUUUUCUUAAAUGUGCAUAUUUUAAUGCUAGGAGCAUUGUAAGAAAGGUGGAUGAGCUUAGAGUCUGGAUAGACACUUGGAAGUAUGAUGUUGUGGCGAUCAGUGAAACGUGGUUGCAGGAGGGCUGUGAUUGGAAACUAAAUAUUCCAGGAUUUCGUUGCUUCAGGUGUGAUAGAAUUGGAGGGGCAAGAGGUGGAGGUGUUGCAUUGCUAGUCAGGGAAGAUAUUACAGCAGUGCUUUGGCAGGAUAGAUUGGAGGGCUCAUCUAGGGAGGCUAUUUGGGUGGAAUUGAGAAGUGGGAAAGGUGUAGCAACACUUAUAGGGGUGUAUUAUAGACCGCCAAACGGGGAACGAGAAUUGGAAGAGCAAAUAUGUAAGGAGAUAGCAGAGAUUAGUAGUAAGCACAAGGUAGUGAUUGUGGGAGAUUUCAACUUUCCACACAUAGACUGGGAAACACAUUCUGUAACUGGGCUGGAUGGGUUGGAGUUUGUAAAAUGUGUGCAGGAUAGUUUUUUGCAGCAAUACAUAGAGGUACCUACUAGAGGAGGGGCAGUGCUGGACCUCCUGUUAGGAAAUGAGACUGGACAGGUGGCGGAGGUAUGCGUUGGGGAGCACUUCGGGUCCAGUGAUCACAAUACCAUUAGUUUCAAUAUAACUAUGGAGAGGGUCAGAACUGGACCUAGGGUUGAGAUUUUUGAUUGGAGAAAGGCUAACUUUGAUGCGAUGCGAGAUGAUUUAAAAGGAGUGAACUGGGACAUUUUGUUUCAUGGGAAAGAUGUAGAAGAGAAAUGGAGGACAUUUAAAGGGGAAAUUUUAAGAGUACAGAAUCUUUAUGUUCCUAUGGCUCACCACCAGCCUGUGGACCAUGCAUUAUCCUCCAUCAAGACCUUGGCUGCAGUUUUCCACAAGGGCCCUGGUUCUCAACACAUCAGUGUGGCCCAGUACACCACAGGGAUUUCCCUAGCAUGA